CGUAGGUGGCGGUGGUCAGCCAUAUUGUCUCUGAUACAGCAGAAAUCACACAUAGAGGCAGACGCGCCGGCGACGGAGGGAGGCGAGGACCGUUGGCUUGACGAAACUCAGCUUAUUGGGAAGCAUUUCGGUCGUCGAAUUGAUCAAGGGGCUAUCCCACCGUGCCCCUGGUGGCCCCUCCCCCAUCCUUAGGUAAAGCCCCCCCAAAUCCCCCUGCCCUGUUGGGAUCAACCCCCCUCACCCCUUACCUUCCCUCCUCUUCCUCCCUCCCUCCCACCCAUCCUCCCUGUAUUCAAAUUGUCCUCUGCUGGAGUGAAAUCACACCAUCUCUGCCAAGCUGUCGGACAUGUCAGGACCCGUGCCGAGCCGGGCCCGAGUGUACACAGAGGUCAACACUCACCGGCCUAGGGAGUACUGGGACUAUGAGUCCCACGUGGUUGAAUGGGGAAACCAGGAUGACUUUCAGUUGGUGCGAAAGCUGGGGCGUGGCAAGUACAGUGAAGUCUUUGAGGCAAUCAACAUCACCAAUAAUGAAAAGGUGGUGGUGAAGAUACUCAAGCCCGUAAAGAAAAAGAAAAUCAAGCGUGAGAUCAAAAUUUUGGAGAACCUACGUGGAGGUCCUAACAUAAUCUCCCUCAUUGAUAUUGUGAAAGACCCUGUACGUGAUGAGCCCACCAGCUGUGCAAGCUUAUCGAUUUCACUUGGGCUUGGGAAGUAUGUGUCUUCCCGGACGCCUGCCUUGGUCUUUGAACAUGUGAACAACACAGACUUCAAGCAACUGUACCAGACCCUGACGGACUAUGACAUCCGGUUCUACAUGUACGAGAUCCUCAAGGCCCUGGACUACUGCCACAGCAUGGGAAUCAUGCAUAGAGAUGUGAAGCCACAUAACGUGAUGAUUGAUCAUGAACAUCGCAAGUUGCGCCUUAUUGACUGGGGUCUGGCCGAGUUUUACCACCCAGGACAGGAGUACAACGUCAGAGUCGCCUCCCGCUACUUUAAAGGACCCGAGCUCCUAGUGGACUAUCAGAUGUAUGACUACAGUCUGGAUAUGUGGAGCUUAGGGUGUAUGUUGGCGAGCAUGAUCUUCAGGAAGGAGCCCUUCUUCCACGGCCAUGACAACUAUGACCAGUUGGUGAGAAUAGCCAAGGUUCUCGGGACUGAAGACCUCUACGACUACAUCGACAAGUACAACAUUGAACUGGAACCUCGCUUCAAUGACAUUCUGGGAAGGCACUCCCGUAAGCGGUGGGAACGGUUUGUCCACAGUGAGAACCAACACCUGGUCAGCCCAGAGGCUCUGGACUUCCUGGACAAGCUGCUGCGCUACGACCACCAGGCCCGGCUGACUGCCCGUGAGGCCAUGGAACACCCUUACUUCUUUCCCAUUGUGAAAGAUCAGUCUCGUGUGGCUGGAUCAGCCAACCUGCCCAGUGGGAACACAACUGUCAGCACAGCCAGCAUGAUCACUGGUAUCUCUGCCUUGCCAGCCUCCACUGCCCUGGGCCCUCUCACUGGCUCGCCGGUCCUGUCUGCUACCACCACCGCCCUGAGCACCGCGGUGCCCGCCGCUGCCGGCGCCCCGCAGUGACCCCCCCCACCACCCAACUCCCUCCAGUCUCUCCCAUUUCCGCCACCACCCAGCCCAGAGGGAAGAAACUAGACAGGUGCACUCUUGCCAGCCAUCACCACAUCGAACCUAACUCAGUGUGACUGCGCCUCACCGACCCAUUGGCUGGAGGAUGCCGUCGUCUUAAGAAAAUAUCUUUUUUUUUUUUUCUUCUUUUUUUUUCUUCUUCUCGAAUGAACGUGUUAACCUGACAUCUGAAAUGAAUGUUCCGUGUAACUGAAUAUACAGGUAGUCCUUUCAUUUCCCACAAGCUGUAGUGAAUACAAAGGGUUGUGUGUUUGUGUGGUGCGUCUGAGAGCGACUGUCACCCACGGCUGGCUGGGGGUCUCUGCAAGCCCCCCUGUGUGUAUUAGUUUGGAUUGUGAAGGCAGUGGUCCAUAAGUGCAUCAGCAGAAGGCAAAAGAAAGAUGUUGGCCUAUCAGGACCAAAAGGAGCAUAUCCUGUAUAGUUUACUACUGCAGCAUCGUCAAAAACUAGACCAGGUGAGAACACUUAAUUUACCUCCCCAGAUGAGUCUAAACAACCUCCAGAUCACAGCAUUUUGGAAGUGUGUGGUGCUGUUCUGUGCUCCAGGUGUAUGUGAACACAAUGACACUCAAACACUUUCUCUGCCCGAGUAGUUCUGUCUUGCCUUUCUUACCAAACCAGAUCACCAGUCUUCUUUUGAUAUGCGACUCCCGGUCACGUCAUCCGUUGUUUGUUUUAUAUUGAAAUGUUCUGGACUGCUGGAUAAGGUUCAUCAUCAAGUGGUUUGACUAGUGUUGUACUACGAUCUCUCAAGAAGCCAGGUAAGGUUCAUUCAGGUUCUCAAAGAAAUGAUUUCUCUAACGUGCUGCUCUCCAGUUCCUUGAAUUACUUCAAGAAAUAACCAAAGUUUACUCGGUUGGAAGAAGAGACUGACCAAACCUAGUUUUGUUUUGUGGGAGUUACUCAUGGAGUUGCUGUAAUGCAGGUUGACAAUGUGCGUUCUAGUGAAAAAGAAGAAAAGGUGACUGAAGCACUGUUAGUGUGGGAGGAGAGUGCUGUUAAGUGUAGUGACAUGGGAAAGCUUUGUGAUGAGUAAUAAAGCCAACUGGCUUUGACCAAUAUGUUGAGCAACAAGUAUUGAAGUUGAAAUUUUGAUUAGCACUUGAGGGCUAGAGUUUUCCCCAGUGUUUUAGUGCCAGAGUUUGAAAGUGUUGAAGGUUUUAGACCCUGCUGUACAUAUGCAUCUUUUUUUUUUUUUUUUUUUUUUUUUUUUUUUUUUUUUCCUCAUUUGAACCUGAAAAUGCAAAUAAAUCAGAACAUGUAUAAAUUGACCUGAGAACGGAGCAGUUUGAGUCCCUACAUCACUGUAUAUAUUUUUAUGUCCUUAUGUAGAAGAUUAGUAUUUGAGAAUAUUUGUGUAAAUAAACAUGUGUUUUAUUUAUCAGGUA